AUGAGUUUUAUCAACUGGAGACGCAGCGUGAAGAAAGACGCAAACAAGAAUGCCGUAGAAGCUCAAGACAAUCCUGUUGGCCCUGACUCUCCAAGGUUGGCAGUCAUAAACACUCCUGAUCUGGAUCCCAUCAUCACAGACUUCAGAUUACAGCUCCCGGAUCACCAAGAUGCUCCGAUAUCAAGCAAUGCAGUCAAUGGGUGCUCACGGUCGGACUUAUCGCUGGCUCUGGAGGACUGCAUGGCAGCCCUGGAUCUCUUCCUCAGAAAUGAGUUUGAGGAGGCCCAGGCCCGACUUCGAUCCAGAACCAAAGACAGCAUGUACCAUGCUCUAACAUACGCCACGAUCUUAGAAAUGCAAGCCAUGAUGACGUUUGAGCCUCAGCACAUCCUCACAGCUGGGAACACCAUGAAGGAGGCUCAGGCUGUCUGCCAAAGGCACCGCAAAAAGUCAACUUUUUCGAAGACUUUCACAGAGGAGGAACUCCACGCUGAGGUUUGCUAUGCAGAAUGUCUCCUCCAGAGGGCAGCACUCACUUUUCUUCAGGAUGAAAACAUGAUCAGCUUUAUUAAAGGUGGAAUUAAAGUGAGAAACAGCUACCAGACAUACAAGGAUCUUCAUUCGAUACUUCAAUCCACUGGAUACACUCGAGCUGAAAACCACGGCCACUUUGAGGGUGGUGUUAAACUUGGAGUUGGGGCAUUUAACUUGAUGAUUUCUAUGCUGCCAACGCGGACACUAAAACUUUUGGAGUUUGUUGGCUUUUCGGGUAACAAGGACUUCGGUCUCCAACAGCUUCAGGAAGGCUCUUCAGAGAGCACUCUCAGGUCCUUCUUAUGCAACAUGCUCCUGCUCUGCUAUCACACAUUUUUGAGCUUCAUAUUAGGAACUGGAGAAGGAGAUGUUGAAGAUGCUGAAAAGCUGUUGCAGCCAUAUCUUGAAAAAUAUCCAAAGGGUUCGAUAUUUCUGUUUUUUGCGGGCCGUAUAGAGGAGAUUAAAGGUAACCUGGAUGCUGCUAUUAAGCGUUUUGAGGAGUGCUGCGAAGCACAGCAGCAAUGGAAACAGUUUCAUCACAUGUGCUACUGGGAGCUCAUGUGGUGCUUUACAUACAAGAGGCACUGGAAGAUGGCUUAUUUCUAUGCUGACCUGCUCAGUAAAGAAAACUGUUGGUCCAAAGCCACCUAUGCCUUCAUGAAAGCUGCCUACCUCAGCAUGCUGAGUGAGGACGAUUGCCUCACUUUUGGGGAGACUGAAGUUACUUUGUUUAGGCAGGUACCAAAUUUGAAGCAAAAAAUAGCAGGAAAGUCUUUACCAACAGAGAAGUUUGCUAUUAGGAAAGCUCGUCGGUACCUAACAGAAAACUAUAUUCCUCUUCCUGUCGCACCGCUGGAGAUGAUGUACAUCUGGAAUGGCUACACAGUCAUUGGGAAACAUAAGGAUUUGACUGAAGGAAUGUUGAAAACACUGGAUGAAGCACAAGCUAAACUUGAAAACAGCCCGAGAACCGAGUUCUCUAUAGAUGAUCAGUGUUUACUAAGUCUCCUGAAAGGAUUGUGUCUGAAGCAUCUGGGCCAUCACGAAGAAGCGGAACAUUACUUUACACUUGUCCUCUGCAAUGAAACGCAAAUAAAGUAUGACCACUACUUGGUUCCAAACGCCCUACUGGAGCAUGGCCUGCUCUGUAUAGAACAAGGCAGAAAUAAUGAAGCCAUCAAACUCUUAGAAACCGCAAAACAAAAUUAUAAAAACUACUCAAUGGAGUCACGGACACACUUCCGCGGGGCUUCGUGUUUCUACGUCACCACCUUUGUUGUUGCUCACAGCUGCUGCACUGUGCACUGGAAAGUCCCUGACAGACGCGUCCUGGGGCCAGUCUGCAAAAGCCGAGCCAAACUCACGGCCUGCUUCCACUUCCACCCAGGCUUCACACAGCUUUGCACGCGUCUGCUCCGUUUUAGCCCGGAUAAGCCCGUGUCUUUGCCGAUGUUAACGGUUAUAGCGUGCAAGGAGAUGGGAAACUGUCUGAAAUCUCCCACCUCCGAUGACAUCUCGUUACUACAUGAGUCUCAGUCGGACCGGGCCAGCUACGCAGACGGAGCCGAUCCAGACCAGGAGCCACCGCCCCCUUAUGAGGAGCUGAUCCACGUGCCUAUUUACCACCCCACUCCCAGCCAGGCCCGACUGGCCACUCAGCUGACUGAGGAGGAGCAGGUCCGCAUUGCCCAGCGCAUCGGUCUCAUCCAGCACCUCCCAAAAGGCGUGUACGACCCGGGACGUGAUGGUUCUGAGAAAAAGAUUCGAGAGUGUGUGAUCUGUAUGAUGGACUUUGUGUAUGGAGACCCCAUUCGAUUCCUGCCCUGCAUGCACAUUUACCACAUGGACUGUAUAGAUGACUGGCUGAUGAGGUCCUUUACCUGCCCUUCCUGCAUGGAGCCUGUGGAUGCCGCUCUGCUGUCCUCCUAUGAGACCAACUGA